AUGUCUCAAAUCUAUUCCCCAAAAGGAAAAGUAUCAACUGCAAAACUAGUUUAUCAUAAAGCAGGUUGUAAUUUCCAAAUUGAAACAAUUAAAGGCGAACAAUUUGCUACAACAAAUUACAUAUAA